GUUCCGGUACAUCAUUCCGUCUCUCUGCAGGACAAGAUACAAUUGUGACUGAGUGAGAAGCUUCAUUUGCUUCCAGCAAUGUCAGAUUGCUCAACUAUCCAUUUAACUUUACCGCAGUGGGACGGGGGCUCACGGAAAAUUCGCUUUAUUUACUUGGUGAAUCUGACGUCGUUCAGGCUGACAGAGUGUCCCAACAAGAGUCCAGUGGUUCCUCUGUAUUUAGGAGCUGAUCUCUUCUCCAACACUGACAUCCGCACAGAGAACCAUCCCAGACACCACGCCAAGUUUGCCAAGAAAGGACUGGCAACAAAAAUACAUUUUUCUUCAGCAUUCAGGUUCCACGGGUUGAAGGUGCCUUCUGUUAAUAACAGCCUGUGGUUCUACAGCGUUCAGGGACUUUUUCGAGUAGCCUUUGAAAUGUACAGUAAACAAGAGCAGCUUGCUGUGCUAGAGAACCUCCAGGAUGUUUGGAAAUCACAGAUAAAUGACAGCCCUCUGAAAAUAAGUUACAGCCUCAGUGUGCAGCUCGACAUUGCGCUGUCCAGUUGCUUGCAUGGUAGAGAACCAAGGAAUGAAAUGGCACAACUUCAGCAUUGCCAGGUUGGCAGAGAAUCGGCGGAUGUAUAUGGCAGUGAUACAGGUGAUGAUAAGUCUGCAGAUCACGAUUAUUGUUCUUUUCCCAAGCAAAACUUGCAAACUGAGCAAAGCCAACUAGUUGUAUCUACAGUGAGACAGAAACUGCACAGCUUGGACAACAAACUAUCCUCUGAAACUGAAAGCUACGCAGAGCUUGACACCAUCUUGCUGCUUUUGGAGAACAUUGAUCAGUACAUAAAUGGGAAUCUAGAAGAAAAGGAUGUGACAGAAACUGUGUUAGCCCUGCUAAAGGCCAAAGACUGGGGCUGUGUGUAUUCAAGUUCGCUGCUUAGUUGUAUAGGACGUUGGCUUGGCCAGCAGUUUCAUGCAGCCAACAGCAGCAUCAGCCAGAAAGUGGAGGGCUUUAAAGUUCAUCAUAUUGAGCAAAUUAGUGACUUGCCACCUCCGGAGGAACUGGCCACAGAACUAUUCCCAGAAGCCAUGAAAACACUGCUGCUUCAUUGGAUGGGCCUAAGUGAAGAGUCCAACCUGGAGAAGAGACACAGCGAGUACCCAAUCCUGCUCCUAAUCCUCGAGUUUGCCAACCACAACCUCAUCACUGGUGUGGCUCAUGUGCUGUACUCCAGUCUUAUAUGUAAAUGAGAAUGGAUUUCCAUGCAGGCGUUGACAGAAAUUCCUGCCCUUUUAACUAAAAUUCCACUAUUCUAAUACAUUUGUAUGGGAAGUUCUUCUUUUGGACAGUCUAUCUUUUGCUACACAUAUUACUGCAAUAGCAACUAGGGCUGGGUGACAAUUCAAUCCUGUUUGUUAAUGAGUGACAUUUUGUAAAGAAUCGAGAUAUUUUUCUCAACACAGUUAAUUUGACAUCAAGGUACAGGGUUCAUUUAUUGAUCAUUUUACAACACAGGCUGGCAUAAUGAAAUACUAGCUGUAGUUCCAUUAUUAUAUGCACAAAACAAAUAUUCUAUAAAUGUAUGAAUACUCAUAAAAAUGUAACUUUUUUAUGGUGGAGUGCAGAGGAUGAUCUGAGGGGUCUCACAGCCUAAGGAAAGAAGCUAACCUGUAGUCCAUUAUGUGGCAGCAGAUACUUCUCUAUUGCUUCAAAAGGCUGUGCCUGGGGUAGGUAUACUUUAGUAUCCUUUGGGCUUUGAGCAGGCACCUCACCAAUAUCACUGAUGCUGGGUAAAUGGGUUCCAAUGAUGUUCUGAACAGUUUUUAAUCACCUGCUGCCAAGCCCUCCUGUCAUGAGCUGUGCACAUCCCAUGCCAAUUUGUUAUGUUUCCCAUCAGGAUGCUUUCUGUUGCAGUUGUCGCAUUCAGGAAUUUUGCCUUGCAAGUUUUCUUCGGAAAUGCAGUUGUUUCUGAGUUUUCUUAACUAGGCUGGAGAUGUGUGAUGCCCAUGACGGGCCCUCUCUGAUGCUGAUUCCCACUAACCUAAAACUGUUUACCUGCUCCAAAUCAGCUCCACUGAUAUAGGUAGGGGUGUCUGUCUUUGCCUCAUUUUUUCUAUUGUAUAAUUUUGCAUUUGUUAUAUUGCAAUACAAAUUGAUAUCAGAAAAAUAUUAUUUUAAUAUGUUAAUUUUAUCCUUAACACCCAGCUCGAGCAACCCAACUAACUCCAUUUGACCCAAAAACUUUAUUACACACAAAAUAAAAAUUAAGGUGAUGUAUGAAAAACCUUAUUCAACACAAAACUUAUUUAUUUCAAGAACAUUUGAAAUAUGUGAUUACUCCUCUCAAGCACAUCUUUAUCCUUUUCAAGCCUGAAGGCAGUAUGUAUUACAACCCACUGUUUUGUUUUUCCAAAUCAGGAGAAAUAAAACUGAGGGAUUCUCAUAAUGCUACACUGACUUCAGAUGCCCUUCAUACAUGGAUGUAAACAGUGUUCACUCGAACCACAUUAUAUUCAGUUUACAGUAUGUUCAAUCACAUAUCAAUAUAUAUUUGACUUAAAAAAAAGAAAAAGCUACCACAUUAUUCAAACAAAUAUCUCGUUUUAACCAGCAUCAACCAGUCAAACUGAUGCAUCCUUUUGCAAAGAUGUACAGAUUAUUAAACACUGAGACAAACUCAGCAUCUGACUAUUUACACUGUAAUUUCCCAAUAUGUGAGAUGUUUGUCUAUAAAUAAAUUACA